AUGACCACACAACCGGCUGGAAGCCAUCGCGCCCAGCUGGUGCCGCAGCGUGUCGAUGCACCUCUGACCGCCUCGGCCGUCUUCCUGGUCGUCACCGUGAAUGGCGACGCGGCCGAGACGGUGCAGACUGUGCGGUCGGCACUCGCCGGCCUGGACGAUCUCGUCAAGACGGUGGGUUUCCGUGACCUUAACGGUCACGUGAGCUGUACUGCAGGCAUCGGCAGCAAAGUGUGGGAUGCCGUCGUUGGCUUGCCGAAGCCGGCCGAGUUGCAUCCCUUCCAGGCCGUUCAAGGGCCAAAACACACGGCUGUCUCGACGCCCGGUGACGUGCUGUUUCACAUCCGCGCCGAGAGACGGGACCUGUGCUUUGAGCUGGAGCGGCAGCUGCUGGCCAGCCUGGGCGAUGCGGUGACGGUGGUGGAUGAGACUGUCGGAUUUCGAUACUUUGACAACCGGGAUCUUCUCGGCUUCGUCGACGGCACGGCUAAUCCCACCGGCACGGCCGUGGACGAGGCCGUUUUGGUCGCUGCGGACGACGACAGCUCCUCGCCGGCCGCUCCUGGUGGCAGCUAUGUGGUCGUGCAAAAGUAUGUCCACGACAUGACCGCCUGGACACGCCUCCGGACAGAGGAGCAGGAGGCUAUUAUCGGCCGCACGAAGCUCGACAACGUAGAGCUGCCCGAUGCAGACGGUGCGACCGUCCAGCGAUCUCACAAGACGCUCAACACGGUCGAGUCCGAAGGCGGAGAGCUGGAAAUCCUGCGUGACAAUAUGCCCUUUGGGUCGCCGGGCUCGGGCGAGUUUGGCACGUACUUUAUCGGCUACACCCGUCGCCUGUGGGUGCUCGAAACCAUGCUGAAGCGCAUGUUCAGCGGCGAUCCACCCGGGCUGCACGAUCGCCUACUCGACUACUCGACCGCGCUGACUGGGUCGGUCUUCUUCGUGCCCGCAUCAGGUGUGCUGGCUGGGCUGGAGUAG